ACGAAGGCUGCUCGGCGUCGGUUCGUUUCGCGGGAAGGGAAGAAAAGCCGAAGUUAAAAGAGAUUUCAAGAGCAUGUGAUCAAAAAUAGAAAAAAUAUAUAUAUAGAAAAGGUUAAAAAAAAGAGCAAAACGAAAAUAAAAAGCGAAAAGUGGGCGUACGAAAGCAGAAAAGAUAAGAAGGGGGAAGUGAGCCCGAGCGAGGUCGCCAAGCCUCUGUGAAUGAGUAAAGUUUCCCAAGCUGAUCAUAUAUGCAUGCGUGGUGCCAUCUUCCGUGUUACACCGGGCCAGUGCCACCUCGGAGUGCCGUCGUGACCUACGUCGUGCCUGACCCGGUGUCCGGAUCCUUCUGCAUCCGAACCAGAGAGCUCAAGACGUCCUAUAUCUCCGUCGAGGACGCGUCGCCGCACACCAUGAGGAUCCGCCGACUCCUUCGAAGCAUCUACGCCUUCUGCAAGGCGCCCGCAGCUAUGCCGGAGGAGAAGGCGGGGAAGGGGGAGAAUGGGGUCGGUGUGGAGACCAAGACCUCAGGCUCCCCUAGCAAGUCCCCCUCCAAGGCUCCAAGGGGGAAGAUGGUCCUCUCACGGGUCAAGCUCCUUGAUGGGACCGAGUGCGAGGUGGCGGUGGAGAAAAAAGCCAAGGGCCAGGACCUCAUCAACAGUGUGGCUGACCGCAUCAACCUCCUGGAGAAGGACUACUUUGGCCUCAGUUAUAUGGACCACAACAACUAUAAGACUUGGCUGAACCCGGAGAAGAGAAUCUCAAAGCAGGUCAAGGGGCCAUGGGAGUUCAACUUCGAGGUCAAGUUCUAUCCCCCUGAUCCAGCUCAGCUGGCCGAAGACAUCACCAGAUACCAGCUCUGUCUUCAGGUACGGCAGGACAUCUUGACGGGCAAACUUCCAUGUUCUUUCGUUACACAUGCACUGCUAGGCUCAUACAUGGUACAAGCAGAGGUGGGAGACUAUGAUGCCAAAGAACAUGUCGGCACAAGCUACUUGUCUGAGUUCACAUUUGCACCAACCCAGAAUGCCGAGCUGGAGGAGAAGGUUGUGGACCUACACAAGACACAUAAAGGGCAAACGCCUGCAGAAGCAGAACUACACUACCUUGAAAAUGCUAAGAAAUUAGCGAUGUAUGGCGUUGAUAUGCAUUCAGCUAAGGAUUCAGAAGGUGUAGAUAUCAUGUUGGGUGUUUGUGCAUCAGGCCUCCUUGUUUAUAGAGACAAAUUACGCAUCAAUCGAUUUGCAUGGCCCAAAAUCCUCAAAAUCUCAUACAAGCGAAGUAACUUCUACAUCAAGAUUAGACCUGGCGAGUUUGAAACCUUCGAGUCGACAAUCGGGUUCAAAUUGCCCAAUCACAAGGCAGCUAAGAGACUUUGGAAGGUGUGUGUGGAGCACCACACCUUUUUCAGAUUAAUGACUCCAGAACCACCACAGAAGCAAGGACUUUGGCCACGGUUAGGGUCAAAGUUCCGAUAUUCUGGGCGGACUCAGUACCAGUCCCGCAUGGCAGCUAAUCUUAGUGAUCGAAACAAUCCUGAAUUUGAGCGAACGCUGAGCCGUAGAAAACUGUCUUCAAGAAGUAUGGAUGCCCAAAAGAAUGCUAGCAACCUGUCGCAGGGGCCUCUCCCCCCACACACAGGUAGUCAUGCAUGUGGUACUUGGUUCGACAUCAAUAAUCAUGCUUCUGAUAUAGUGCAAGAAAUGCCAUAUAUUGAUUCCUUCGGCUUCAAUGCCCUGGGAACCCGCACUGGGGAGACACCUGAGAUGUCCAAGAGGCACACUAUGUCCCAUCCACCCCCACACAUCCCAGGCUUGGAGGAGGCCCCAGGCAAGGACGGGGCAAACAAAGCCGGCAGCGGAAGGGACACCCCUUCAGCAGAGGAGCGCACCCCAGAGAAGAAAGAUAAG